AUGCGUAGCGACUUUUCAAAUGUUUUGGUAAAUAUCUUUGGAAAGAAUCUACACACUCCGUUGUCACUGCACGCCAUCUACAGGUCGCCGUGGUACCGUGACCGACGCACACGCUCCUUGGAUCUAACGAGGAUGCGAUAUGUAGAGAUCCUGAGCAGGAAUAAUGGAAAAGAAAAAAAAUAUACAUAUUCUCAAGACAUUUACACCAACUCUUCUUCCCUCAGUACUUCUGUUACGACUAACCAAAACUCUUCAUUUGAGGGCCACAAGGUUCCCAAUAUGGAUUCCCUCCCAUCUACCUCAGAAAUAUUUCCUGAGGAUGUAAAACAUAACCUAUCGUGGUAUCAAAAUUCAGAAAUUGAGAUUGAGCGCUCGGCAUCCUCUGAUAAACCAGAUGUCACUGUGUUUCCCUCACAAAAUCCAGAACAGUGCCAGUCUAACAAACUUCAUGAACAAAAGGAACCUUUUGACUUGUCAAUAACUAACUUUGAUCAGGAAUAUACAAUUAAAAGUAAAUUAGAAGAUCAGAAUCAGAAAUUCUCAGAGAAGAACCCUCACCAAGGCUAUUAUGCACAGCUUGUAACUCCACCCAGCAAUUCCACAUCGGGUGAGGCACUUUGGGUAGACCAAAAUGCCCACACCCUUAUGACUGCCUGGUCUUCCCAGAAUAAAUUGCCAUUAUCAGCUACAUCCUUCCUUCAGCCUCAACCAUCAUUGCCUUAUGACUCAGCUACAGCUGUGAUGACAACUUCAAAGCAGAUUCCAAAUAUCAUUCAGGGAGCUGAAAGAAGCAGUACAAACAUUCAAAGUCGUUCUCUUUCCCAACCAAGUAAGCUUCAGCCUGCCCCAGCCGAGACUGCACUGGACACUCCUCUUUGUUUUCCAUCUCCAUCAUCAUCGAAUACAAGCCCAUUUGGGGUUUCACCCUCAAGUUAUGUUAAUACAGAUGGAAUCGGCAAGAAUGCGACUGGAGCUGAUGAACCAACCAUGGAAACAGAAUGUGCCGAAAUGCUAAAAAUGAAUAAUGGAAAAGAAACAAAUUCUCAUGAAUUUUAUAAAGACUCUUCAUCCUUUGUUACUUCUGCUGCUAUUGACCAACAAUUUACAAACUCCUCACGUGAGGGCUACAUGGUUCCUCAUAUGGAUUCCCUCCCAUCUACCUCAAAAGGAUAUUCCGAGGAUGUAAUACAGAACCUGUCUUGGAAUCUACAUACAGAAAGUGUUCAGAAUUAUCAUUCUACAUCUUUUGGUAGACCAGGAGAUAUCAGAGUGUUUCAAUCUGUAAAUCCAAAACAGUACCAACAUGAACUAGCAGAACCUUUUGACAUACCAGUAAUAGACUUUGAUCAGGAAAAAACAAACAAAAAUAAAUUAGAUGAAGAUCAGAAUCAGAAAUUCACAGAGAAGAACCCUCACCAGGGACAUUAUGCACAGUUUGUAACUCCACCCAGCAAUUCCACAUCGGGUGAGGCACUUUGGGUAGACCAAAAUGCCCACACACCAAUGACUGCCUGGUCUUCCCAGAAUAGAUUACCAUUAUCAGCUACAUCCUACCUUCAGCCUCAACCAUCAUCACUUCAUGACUCAAUGGCAUCUGUCAUGACAUCAUCAAAAGAAAUACCAAGCACUAUUCAGGGAGCUCAAAGAAGCAGUACAAACACUCAAAAUCAUUUUCUUUUCCAGCCAGGUAAGCCUCAGUAUGAGACUGAACUUGAAACUCGUAUUUGUUUUCCGUCUCCAUCUGUAUCAACCACAGAAGAUCAAAUGAAUACAAGCCUUUAUGGCAUUUCACCUUCAAGUUAUGUUAAUACAGAGGGUAUCAGCAAGAAUAAUGGUGGAUGUACCGUGACUGGAGCUUAUGACCCAUCUGGGGAAUCAAGUACAAGACAAGAAUUAAAUAGAGAAGAUAUUGCAGAGAUGCAGAACGUUAAUAAUGGGAAAGGAAAAAAAUAUUCACAUUCUCCAGAAUUUUCUGUAGAUUCUUCUUCCUUUGGUACUUCUGCCAUAACAGACCCACAAUAUACAAACUCUUCCUGUGAGAGUUAUGAAGUUUCGAAUAUAGAUUCUCUCGCAUCUGCCUCAAAAGGAUUUCCUGAGAAUGUAAAUGAUUCUGAGACUGAUCAUGCUGCAUCCUCUGGUAGACCAGAUGUAAACCCAGAGCAGUACCAAACUAACAAACUUGAACAUGAACAAACGGAACCUUUUGACUUAUCAAUAAAUGACCUUGAUCAGGAAGGUAAAGAUAAAAAUAAGUUCGACGGAGAUCAAAAUCUGAAAUUAUCAGAGGACUAUCACCAGGAUCAACUUGCACAGCUUGUAAUUCCGCCAAGCAAUUCUACGUCAGGUGAGGCAUUUGAACUAGACCAAAAUACAGACACUCCCAUGACUGCCUGGUCUACUCAGAAUAAAUUGCCAUUAUCAACUACAUCCCUCCUUCAGCUUCAGCCAUCGUCACCUUAUGACUCGACUGCAACUGUAAUAACUUCAAAAGAGAUACCAGAAACUAUUCAGGGAGAUGAAGGAAGCAGUACAAACAUUCAAAGUCAUUCUCUUUCACAACCAAGUAAGCUUCAGCCUGCCCCAACUGGGACUGCACUUGACACUCCUAUAAGUUUUCCAUCUCCAUCAUCAGUAUCAACUACAGAAGAUGAUCAAGCAAAUACAAGCCUGUUUGGGGUUUCACCCUCAAGUUAUGUUAAUACAGAUGGAAUCAUCAACAAAGAUGGUGGGCUUAAUGUGACUGUAGACAAUGACACAUCCAUAGAUGCUAAUAAAAGAGAAGAAUCAAUUAAAGAAGAAUAUAAUGAGAUGCAGAGAGUGAUUAUGGGGGAAGAAAGAAGUGACACAUAUUCUACAGCAUUUAAUACAAACUCUUCUUCUUCUACCACAUCUACUAUUGACCAAUAUUUUAUAAAGUCCAAGGGUUAUGUUCCUAAUAUAAGCUCUCUCCCAUCACCCUCAAAAGACGAACAAAAUUUAGUUUUGCAUCAACAUUUAGAGAGUACCGAGAAUGAUCAUGCUACAAACAAAAAUCAAUUUGAUGAAGAUCAAAACCUGAAAUUCUCUGAGAGGGCUCCUAACCAGGGCCAAAAUGCACAGCUUGUAACCCCAGCAAACAGUUCCACAUCAAGUGAGGCACUUGGUGAGGCACUUGGUCUGGCCCAGAGUUCAUCCAAUGCCUUACUUGAGCCUCAACCAUCAUCACUUUAUGACUCGGCUCCAACUGUGAUAACAUCUUCAAAGGAAAUGCCAAAUACUGUUCAGGGAGAUGAAGGAAGCAGUACAAACAUUCAAAGUCAUUCUCUUUCACAACCAAGUAAGCUUCAGCCUGCCCCAACUGGGACUGCACUUGACACUCCUAUAAGUUUUCCAUCUCCAUCAUCAGUAUCAACUACAGAAGAGCAAGCAAAUAUAAGCCUGUUUGGGGUUCCACCCUCAAGUUAUGUUAAUACAGAUGGAAUCAUCAACAAAGAUGGUGGGCUUAAUGUGACUGUAGACAAUGACACAUCCAUAGAUGCUAAUAAAAGAGAAGAAUCAAUUAAAGAAGAAUAUAAUGAGAUGCAGAGAGUGAUUAUGGGGGAAGAAAGAAGUGACACAUAUUCUACAGCAUUUAAUACAAACUCUUCUUCUUCUACCACAUCUACUAUUGACCAAUAUUUUAUAAAGUCCUCCAAGAGUUAUGUUCCUAAUAUAAGCUCUCUCCCAUCACCCUCAAAAGAAUUUCCAAAAGACGAACAAAAUUUAGUUUUGCAUCAACAUUUAGAGAGUACCGAGAAUGAUCAUGCUACAAACAAAAAUCAAUUUGAUGAAGAUCAAAACCUGAAAUUCUCUGAGAGGGCUCCUAACCAGGGCCAAAAUGCACAGCUUGUAACCCCAGCAAACAGUUCCACAUCAGGCGAGGCACUUGGUGAGGCACUUGGUCUGGCCCAGAGUUCAUCCAACAUCUUACUCGAGCCUCAACCAUCAUCAAUUUAUGACUCAGCUGCAACUGUAAUAACUUCAAAAGAGAUACCAGAAACUAUUCAGGGAGAUGAAGGAAGCAGUACAAACAUUCAAAGUCAUUCUCUUUCACAACCAAGUAAGCUUCAGCCUGCCCCAACUGGGACUGCACUUGACACUCCUAUAAGUUUUCCAUCUCCAUCAUCAGUAUCAACUACAGAAGAUCAAGCAAAUACAAGCCUGUUUGGGGUUCCACCCUCAAGUUAUGUUAAUACAGAUGGAAUCAUCAACAAAGAUAGUGGGCUUAAUGUGACUGUAGACAAUGACACAUCCAUAGAUGCUAAUACAAGAGAAGAAUCAAUUAAAGAAGAAUAUAAUGAGAUGCAGAGAGUGAUUAUGGGGGAAGAAAGAAGUGACACAUAUUCUACAGCAUUUAAUACAAACUCUUCUUCUUCUACCACUUCUACUAUUGACCAAUAUUUUAUAAAGUCCUCCAAGAGUUAUGUUCCUAAUAUAAGCUCUCUCCCAUCACCCUCAAAAGAAUUUCCAAAAGACGAACAAAAUUUAGUUUUGCAUCAACAUUUAGAGAGUACCGAGAAUGAUCAUGCUACAAACAAAAAUCAAUUUGAUGAAGAUCAAAACCUGAAAUUCUCUGAGAGGGCUCCUAACCAGGGCCAAAAUGCACAGCUUGUAACCCCAGAAAACAGUUCCACAUCAGGUGAGGCACUUGGUGAGGCACUUGGUCUGGCCCAGAGUUCAUCCAAUGCCUUACUUGAGCCUCAACCAUCAUCACUUUAUGACUCGGCUCCAACUGUGAUAACAUCUUCAAAGGAAAUGCCAAAUACUGUUCAGGGAGAUGAAGGAAGCAGUACAAACAUUCAAAUUCAUUCUCUUUCUCAACCAAGUAAGCUUCAGCCUGCCCCAACUGGGACUGCACUUGGCACUCCCAUUAGUUUUCCAUCUCCAUCAUCAGCUACAGAAGAUCAAAUGGAUACAAGCCCUUUUGGGGUUUCACCUUCAAGUUAUGUUAAUACAGAUGAAAUCAGUAAGGAGGACAUGGAGCUUACACUGACUGGAGCUGAUGACCCAUCCAUAGAAAGAAGUCCAAGACAAGAAUUAAAUAGAGAAGGUGUUUUAGAGCCCAUCCAAACUAAAAUAUUAAAGUAUAAAAAUGGCAGGAAAAGAAUGUUUAUGGUUUUACAAAGAUCUUCUUUUGAAUUAAUGAAAGAUAAAGGACUCAUUCAACCCGUAAAGGCCUUUCCAAAUGGACAAAUCCUGCCAGUCACAAAAGAUGAAAUAGAAUGUUCAAAAACUUUAUUGCCACCCACACAUCAGCCGGAGGAUAUAGAGAAAAUACAAUAUAAAUCUAUCACUCAGCUGGAAGAUCUGGAAGAACUGCCAGAUUCUUUGGAAGAUAUUCGAAAACUACCAACACCCAGCAGCUACGAAUCAAAGCAUCCCCUCCAAUCUCCUCAAAGGUCCUUUAGUCCAUUCACACUAGAAUGGUCUGACAACUCAUUCCUUACACCUACUAUAAAACAAACUCCUGUUGUUGUAACUUGGUCGGCUACAAGUGUGACAGAUUCCCCAGCACUUACUUUCACCAUUCAGCUGCCAAGCAAAAUUAAUAAUUCUUCAUUCUCAUUACACUCUGCUUCUAUCAAUAGCAAACAAAGCAACUUUCUUCCUUCAGGUGUUCCAAACUAUCAUGCUUUACCACCCAGAUCCAUGAUCAGACCACACCUUUCAACAGAGAUCCCUAGCACUUCUUCAUAUACAAACCAACCACCCAGCAUAGAUGCACAAGAUCUUUCUCAAAUGCAUGACAUGUACCCACCUUCCCCAAGUACUUUUCAUGAAUGGGAUGAAGAUGUGAAUCACUACAGUUCUAAAGGAUCAAAGGUAUUAAAGAUUAGUGAUAAAGGUAUUAGCGAAAGACAGAAUCUUGUCAGGAAGAAUAUUCUAUGGUUGGCAAAUAAGGAAGGCACCUCAGAGCUAAUGGAGGAGGAUGUAAAUCAGCUAGCUGAGAAUGCAAGGAAUCAAAACAAAGACUUUGAAGAAACAAAACUUCAGUUGAAAAAAAAAUACAACCGUUUGUUAAGUAAACACAGCCAAAAAUAUAAUGGACUUCUUAAAAAGUAUAGAAACCUUGAGAGGACUUACGACAUUGUUGAAGAUGCAGGCAGUAGAGAGCAAAUACUUAGAGAUGCUAAGAAGUUCCUUUCAGAAGAACAUGCUUUGUUCUUGGAAAGCCAGUUGUUCUUGAAAAACAGAUCAAGGAAAGGCAAUAGGUUCUCCAAGAAAUUCCUGAAGUACGUCAUAGGCUUAUACGAGCGUAGUCCAGCUGGAUAUAGAUUUUUAAGGACUGUAUUUACUAUGCCAUCUGUCAGAACUAUCCACAAAUGGCAGAAUCGUUGCCACCAAAAUGUUGAAACAGGUAUGGUUAACCAGAACAGCGUAACAGAAAUGUCAGGAACUUAUGGAGAUAUUGAAUCGUUUGCAGACAUGUUGCAGAUGGGACCAAUGCCUUCAGGCCACGAGCAAACUGAAAUGAGCAACGUUGAAAGUUUCCAAGAACUGAUCAAUGUACCCCCAACAGAUUUUUAUGAAAAUAAUGAUGCUAUAUUUUGGGAUGAUUCUCAAGUAGGUUUUGAGGUUCCUCAGCAAUUUGUACAACCACAAGAACAAGCAGUACAAAGUGGAUGUGAAGUGGAAUAUAUUCAAAAUGUAGAUGAUGCAUAUAUGCUGACCCAGUUGUAAAAUUAAAUAAUUUCAUUACUGUUCGCUGUCUACACUUAUUUUAAGACCAGCCAGUUGUCAGUAUAAAAUGUUCCACAUUAAUCCAGAUGCCUGACAUUUUAUUUUACACACAGUACAAGCAACUUUGUAUAUCUAAAAGAAGUGAUAAAUGCUCAAUUAUAUUUACUCUCCUCCUGUACCAGUAAACAACUCUUCAGUGGAAUUACAAGCACAAACACAGUGCAUAAUAAGUAUUCAUUGAAGAAGGUUUAUGUGACCAGUGAACUGAAAUCCAAAAGUUAAGCAAAUCAAGAGUAGAUUUCUUCAGUUACUUUUGUUUUAUGUAAUUUAAACAAUUAUUAAAUGCUACCUGCAUUAUGAAUAUUACAUUUGCAAAAAUCCAUGAAACAUUACCUUUUUCAGUUUUGUAGAUUUAUUUACAGAUUAGUGUAUAAAUUACUGGAACUCAAUUUUCUAGAAAUUAUCCAGGAAGAUUCAGACAAUGACUAAAAUAUUUUUAGUAUAUUCCAUUUUCAACAAGAUUUGAAUAAUAGACUAAAUAUAGUGUUUUUUGUUAUUGGAAAAAUAAAUGUUUUAUUUUAAAUGUUAAAUGCUAGAUUAGUAGCAAAAACUCUUCAAAGACUGAAAUCAACAAACAGAAAAAGUAAAGGCAAGGAAGAUGAAUAAGGGAAGUGAAAAUAAAAGAGAGCAAGGGCUAGUGUAAAAAGAUAAAUUGUGGCCCCCAUAACCCAUUGUUGACAGAAUAGCAAAAUUCUGUACUAUGUCCAUUGUUUUUUUUUUUUUUUUUUUUUUUUUUUUUUUUUUUAGAUUGUCUUUCCACAUAGAUGGCUCAACAAGCACUUAAUGACAAGAGUCAAUUACUAGCCCUACUUAGAUCACCUGUUUACCCUUUUCAUUCAUUUUUAAAAUAUUUGUUAAUAGUAUUGUUAAAAAUAUGAAAAUCAUGUCAACAACAUUAAUAGCUACAUUGGCAUUCAUAGCAUUUGUGGAAUAAUAAGUCCCAAAAGCUAAAAGUAAGCGGAAAUAAGAUGAAGACUCAUCGGCUUACUAAAUGGAUCUCUGGUUGCUGAGCAGUUGUGGAGCCAUUUAUGUGCAAACAAAAUUCACAAGAGAAAACGACCGUAGACAGUGCGAUUACCAUGCACCAUUGGGUUAAGGCUAAUUUAAGGGACUAAAGCUUAAAAAAUAUGAUUACUUUUUUAUUAUUAUUAUCAUACAAAUUCUGUAAAAUUAUGAGAGCUGAUGUUACUAUCUGCUUUUGUUAAAAACAUAAGAAUAAAAGAGAAACUGAC